AUGGAAAUGGUGGUCUCUCAAAUUCGCAAAGGAGGUGCAGAUACAGUCUUUCCUAAUUUGAUCCCACCAGUGGAAAGCGUUGCCAGAGCUCUAAAAUAUCGGUCCGACUUACAGUCCAUUGAACCAAGAGUUCGCUACCUUAUGUCCCUCUAUCUAAGUCCCUCCAUUACGCCUGAGGUCAUCGCUGAAGCCGCAGCCUCUGGCAUUACCGGAGUCAAAAUGUAUCCUCAAGGCGUAACGACAAACUCCGAAUCAGGCGUGUCAGCUGACUUCCUGGAAGCAUACACUCCCGUUUUCGCAGCCAUGCAGCAGUAUGAUCUUGUACUCAAUCUGCAUGGAGAGUGGCCGGGUUCAUUGCCAAGCAGUGACAUUUCUGCAGAAGAAGCAUUCCUUCCGCACUUACUGAAGCUUCACAAGGAUUUCCCACGGCUAAGAUGCGUUCUUGAGCAUUGUUCUACAGCCGCAGCUUUGGAUGCUGUACGAGCCUGCGGUCCAUCUGUCGUGGGAACGAUAACGGCUCAUCACCUUUACUUGACAGGCGAGGAUAGCGAAGUGGAUCCUCUUGCCUUCUGCAAACCCAUUCCAAAGGCUCCGUUCGAUCGAGACGCUUUGAUCAAAGCUGCAUGUAGUGGAGACCCGAAAUUUUUCUUCGGCAGCGACAGCGCGCCACAUGCGUUGGCUUCCAAGACUGGGAUGACGAGUGGUCAAGCGGUACCAGCGGGUGUCUUCACAACGCCCUUUGUGUCAGCACUGACUAUCCUGGCGUUCGAAGGCGCUAUAAAAAGGGGGAUUGUUGGCGAAGACGAGGUUACGCAGGAGCGGCUUGAGCACUUCUUGAGUCGGUCUGGAAGGCGCUUUUAUAAGUUGCCAGAGCCUCCUGCGGAUGGUGGACCAAGGAUCGUGCUUGAGAGACUGGGCGAGAGAGUUCCUGAGAGCAUCAGGAGCGCUGAUGGGACCCUUGAAAUUGGGCUGUCCAGGGCCGGUGCUCCUAUCUUCAGUCUGAGGUGGAUUGACUAG